GAAUCUUAAGAAACGGGUCAAAUAUUAUGGUGUGUUGCUGUUGCAAAACAAGAGUUGUUGUCCAAUACGAUGUCAAAGUAAAGGUCGUUGAUUUCCCUAUCUCAUAAACAAGAUUGCUGUCUUUCUGCACAGACCUAUUUUGAAAUAGCAAUUUAGAUGAGCCUGCUGAAUGGCCAGUAACAUCACGCACACGGCCCGUGUGAGAGCCCUCUACAAGGCUCUGCUGAAACUGCACCGCGGCCUCCCCGUACAGAUGAAGGCGUUGGGCGAUCAGUACGUCAAAGAAGAGUUCCGUCUCCAUAAAGAAGCCAAGCCGGAGGAAACGGAAGUGUUCAUGCAGGAGUGGACGAAGUACUAUGUGACUUUAGCCAAACAGCUGGGCCAGCGCCGACACAAGCAGUUGGUUGGCAACGACCUCUCGCCCCAGAUGUUGGACAACUUGCGGCCCGAGCAGAUGGGGCAGCUGCACGAGUUGUUCGUGGAGACCACACAGACGGGCCGCGGCGACGCCUCCAACAGCUGACCUCCGCUUGGGCGAGAAUGCGAGAUUCUGACCACGGCUUGUGGAAGAUUCCCCUUGUCUAGUGUAUUGACCUUUUCACACGCGAACUUCUUGGUCAGAAAUGACCGACAGUGAAAUUUGUUGAAACUGAACUCUGUGGGGCUGCCGGACUGUCUUUGGUUUGCUCGUAUUUAUAUAUUUAUAUAUAUAUAUAUAUAUAUAUACUUCGGUUUUGGAGAGAUAACUCAAAUAGUGUGUGGACUAAAGGGAAGUAAUUCAUCUGGAGACUCCCAAAUGUCUUAAAAAUUUUAUUUUUGGAAAACGUUUGAGUAUGCAA